AUGAGAAGCAGAUUAGAUGAACCGACAUUACCAAAUUGUUCCACUCCAAUUCCAACAACGUUGUUUGUCUCCGUCUCUGUCUCCCCAAGCCCUGUUCACUCUUGGGGGAGUUCGGGAAGUUAUACUUAUGUGGAUCCGGACCAACAGAGGUACUUCUUUGAAGAGAUUUUUUGUCUUCCCAGUGAACAGGGUUCAAUUGUCGCUGUGGAGAAGUAUUCAAAAGAGUCCAUCACUACUCAGACAAACAUGCAUGGUUGCUCCUAUGGCUAUCUUUCUGAUGCAAGGCGUGCCAUUGCCAAAGCCAACCCUGUGAUCAAGGCCAAGAAGCUAUAUAAAAUCUAUAACUUCUUCAUCCUAGCAUUCAAGGUAGUGGUGCGGAACACUCAGAAGGUCGAAUGAUCAACAUUGUUGGCAUAAUAUAUUUUGAGCAUCUCUUCAAUCCGAGAAACCAUGCAGGUUACAUCUUCUGCCAAAGUCAUGUCUUUUCUCAAGUGUUUUGGUUGGUUGGCUGGUUAUUGCUGGUUUUCUAAUGGUGUUUCAGUUGGGCAAAUGAAGCAUCGUUGCUGUUGUUCUGAUAUCCAUAAAAAACGACAAUUGAGAUAAGGUGCACUCUUUUUUAUACCAUUAAAAGUAAAGUCUUAGGAAAGGCCAUUGAUAGUUUUGUUGUCUGAAAAGCGGUGACUAGUGUGUAUGUCUGGCAUGCCUCCACCAGACUGAAAGGAGGCCAUCUUAACAUGUGCUUGUUGUCUUUCAUGACUCAUCAUGCUCUUAAUUUGGGUGGCAAAUCAAAACUUGAAAGAGGACAAGCAUGCUUCAUCAGAACAUCACUGUACUGGAAUUUGUGCUGAUUAUCAGGGUUAGGCAAAAAAUACUUUUCCUUUUUCCUUUAUGACUAGGAUUACUCGCUUUAAUGAAUAAUAUUAAUUAUCUUUUAUCGUA